AUGCGCAGAUGCGCCAGUUCUCCCGACAUUUUACCACAGUGGUUCGACGUCUGGAACGUACAAAACUUUGCCGAACAAGAGGAGCUCCAGGCUGUGGGGCUCAAGGAAGUCGUGCCCGUCAUCGACGAUAUCACGAGCGAGGCUGUCCAAUUAGACGGACGGUGGGAUCGAAUCAUCCUGGCGGGUACCAGUAUGGGUGCAGCCACAGGUGUACACACGCUGCUUAACCUAAACAUCUCACCUGCGCAGGGCGAUGACGAUGGUGUCAUUCGUAAUACUCCCAUAUUGCUUGAGCAUUGCGUCGAUGAUCCGUUGGUUUUGGUCCAGAAAGGCAGAGAGCUGAAGAAUGUGCUAGAUGGAUACGGUGCGGAUGUUAUCAUGAAAGAAUAUUCGAGGGGAUGGCACUGGUUCCACUCGCCAACGAGAAUGGACGACGCUAUUCAUUUCCUCAACAUGUAUGUCUUGGGAGAAAUCGAUGACUGGUAA